AUGAAGAAGCGUGCUUCUCGUUCGGUGGUGGCAAAAUCAGCCAAGCUGAAAACGCUUUUGCGGCAAAGAGCGAACAUUUUGGGCUCUGCCGCGUUGAUCAAAAAGUUCAACGAUCAAUAUCAGCAAGGUCAAUUCCACCAAGUCAAGGUGAGGAUCGACACUCUCGAUCGUCUGUGGGCUGAAUUCGCACACAUCCAGGACGAGAUUGAAGAAAUUGAAGAUGGCGUCACCGGUGAUGAUACCGAUGACGAAGAAGAGCCAGCCAUGUCUGCACAACGGGUACAGUUCCAAACAAUGUACCACGAGCUGAAAGCUUCUCUCGUUAGUAAGCUGCCGCUGGAUCCCCCACCCUCCGGCUCAGCAGUCAAUCGUCUUCCGGUCCAACCAAUGCAGUCUGUGCGGUUGCCGGAAAUCCACAUUCCAGAUUUUUGCGGCAAUCCAUCCAAAUGGAUAGCCUUUCGGGACAUUUUUCGGUCCAUGAUCCAUUCAAGCGUUCACCUCUCGUCGGUGCAGAAAAUGCACUACCUAAAAACGGCUCUCACAGGCGAGGCCGCGCGCAUAAUCGCAAAUUUCGAAGUUAAUUCCGACAAUUAUGCUGCAGCAUGGAAAUCAAUUUGUGAGCGAUAUGAUAAUCCGAAUCUACUACGGAAACAUCAUUUCGCGGCUCUUUUCGCUAUUCCUUCGGUGAAGAGAGCUUCUUCGUCGUCGCUAUACGAACUCGUUGAUGAGUUCGACCAUCAUGUGGGAGUAUUGGGAAAGCUGGAUACACCAGCUGACUUGUGGGACACAGUGCUCGUCGAAACCCUCAGUAAGCGUUUGGAUCCUGCUACUCUGAAGGAGUGGGAGAACAGUUGCCAGGAAAAUGUGCGCCCCACGUACCAGCAACUAACCGAAUUUGUGCGAAAAACAUCGCGAGUGUUACAGUCUGUUAAACUGCUUCAAACGCCCAAUCACCCGGUCGAAUCCAAACCCUCGAAACCCAAAUCGAUUUCCACCCACGUUGCUACGGAGGUUACGAACAAGUGUCCGCUUUGCAAGGACGCCCAUCCUCUUUUCAAAUGCGAUCAGUUUGUCGGAAUGGAGGUGAAACAACGCUUUGAGAUGGUGAAGAAAAAUGGAUUGUGCAUCAACUGCCUGAAGGGGUCACAUCUCGCCAAGAACUGCAGCAGUGGAAGUUGCAGAAAUUGCUCCAAGAAACACCACACCCUUUUGCAUCUGCCGCCACUAGCCGUGGCUGCGAAACCGUCGUCGUCUCAAACAACGCUGGCGUGUUCUACGGCAGCCAGUGAAGUGAUUCCUCCAGCUCAACAUCAAAUGUCGUCGAACUCGUCCGCAGUCGCCUCGCACUCGUUUUCCUCACCACCAUCGCGCUCGCAACAGCCACCCGUCGGGGCUAUGUCGUCUGGCCCGGUAAACUCGUUCUCGUAUUCGGUCGUCAUUGCUCCCUCCCCGUCGCCGGUUGAUUCGUCCGCUCCGCAAUCGAUCGGAAGAAGUCUCGAAUUUCACUCUUCUCCUGUGGCCUCCUGUGUUGCUCCACAAAGCGUUCCCGUACGUGCCCCCUGCGAUGAAGUUUUCCUAUCAACGGUAGCUGUCAAGGUGAAAGACUCCAACGGCAACCCACGCUACGUUCGUGGGGUUCUGGAUAGCUGCUCCCAAGCAAAUUUCAUCUCAGAAGCUCUGGCGCGCAAGCUGGAGUUGAAACGCGAUAGAAUCAGCAUCGAUGUUAGUGGUAUUGGCCAGGGAAUCGUCCACAUCCGCUCUAAAGUAUUGAUCAGGAUCUCGUCUCGCUUCGGAGGAUUAGACUAUCCUCUCGAAUGUCUUGUUAUACCACAAAUCACGGUCACGCUUCCAAGUAAGCACAUCGACAUUUCUGACUGGAAUCUCCCCAACAACGUCCCUCUCGCAGACCCGAGGUUCAACAUCAGCUCCGGGGUCGAUAUUCUCGUUGGUGGAGAACUGUUCUACUCCCUGAUGCUCUCGCAUACGAUCAAUCUAUGCGCUGGUUUCCCGAUACUUCAGAAAACUGUUUUCGGGUACGUUGUCGCUGGUCGGCUAUCAACAGCAUCUCGUACUUCUCCGAUUCGUGUAGUCAGUGCUAUCACUAGUCUCGAUAAUAAGCUGCAGCGCUUUUGGGAGGUCGAAAACUUCGACGGUUAUAAGGCGAUGACUCCGUUGGAAGAAGCGUGUGAGGAGCAUUUCCGGAGCACAGUCAGUCGAACAAGUGAUGGUCGCUACAUGAUUCGCCUUCCGAUACGGGAUGAAAUGAUUCAACUGCUGGGAGAUUCUUUUGCGGUAGCACAACGCCGAUUCUGGGCAAUAGAGCGGAAAUUUGCGGCAAACCACGAGUUUAAGAGCGAAUACGUGAAGUUCAUGGAGGAGUACGCAGCACUUGGCCAUAUGGAGUUGAGUCCUCGCGUCGAAAUUCCCCAGUUCGUCCUGCCACACCAUGCCAUCUUCCGCCUCGAUAGCUCCACCACGAAAACCCGCGUUGUCUUCGACGCCACCUGCAAGGGCAGUUCCCAGUUGUCGUUGAAUGAUGUGCUACUCGUUGGUCCGAUCGUGCAACCUCCUCUUCUCGCUAUCGUCCUCAACUGGCGGAUCCCUCGUUUUGUUUUCAAAGCUGAUAUAGAGAAGAUGUUCCGCCAGAUUUGGGUUCAUCCUCAGGACCGCAGGUUUCUGCAAGUGCUGUGGCGGACAAGUACAACCCAACCUCUUCAGCGAUACCAGCUCACCACGGUGACCUACGGGACAUCAUGUGCACCUUAG